AGGUGGAAAUCAAAUCAGCUCCCAAUGUGCAAGUGCAGGGUAGAAUGUUUGCUCAAUGUGUCCCCGGAGGGACAGUACCGAUUGAAUGCUGUGUCCAGUCCCCUUACAAAGUCAACUGGUUUUCUGGUUCAACAGCUCUAACUGGUCAAAGUACAGACCCAAAUUGCAUCACUUAUCAAUACCGAAUGCAAAGCUGUUCAGAACCAAAGGACGAAACUUUCACAUGCAAAGUUGAAAAUCCAAAGGGCUAUCAAAAAGAAACACGUCUGACAAUCUUUUUAGACCCUAUUAUCUGCAAUGAUGCGGAGUAUGGACCUGGAAGAGUAAAUGACAUAGCAGAAGGAAAGUGUGAAGAAGGUCAAACAGGGACCAAGACUGCAAAGUGUUUGGAAUCAAGGAACUGGAAACUUCUGGAAGACACCUGCAUCGUAACCAUAAUCAAAGAAUUACUAAUUGAUUCAGCGGAUCUGAAAGAAGAAGAACUUCCAGAAUUUACUGAAGAUUUAAGUAACGCUGUCGAUGAAGAAGAAGAACAAAUCACUAAAUCAUCUUCGACAAUCUCUGCUAUUGUUGAUAUCCUAAAUACCAUUGCAAAUGUUUCAAAAGAUGUAAAAGAAGAUGUCAUGCAGAAUGUACUGGAUACUGUUGAUGUUAUCAUUAGUGAUGAUGCAAAGGAUUCUUGGAACUUUCUGAAUUCAAAUCAAACACAAAAUUCGAGCUCACUGUUGUUGGGUUCAUUGGAGACAAUUUCUGAAAGACUGAAUGGAACAUUUGAAAUAAAUACUAAACGGAUUCAGCUCAGGAGAACCACAUUCAUAGACUCGUUUAAGAAAGAACUAAACUCCACUGUUUCCAUAACCAUUCCAUCAACAGGCCUUGAUGACACAUUCAUCACCACCAUUCUUUUCUCCACCUUGAAUAAUGUUCUGCCAGCACGGAAUUCUUCAUUUGACUUUAGCCUUUUUAAUGACACCAGCAAUGAAACUGACACUGGAAACGCCAUCAAUGCUGCUGUUCUACUUGUCAAAAUAAAUGAAAAAAUUCGCAACGUCACCUUAAGCUACAACAAGCUCAAUACCACCCUGGAACUGGACCCACAGUGUGUCUUCUGGAAUUUUAACCUCUUAGGUAAACGUGGUGCCUGGGAUGAUGAGGGCUGUGAGUUUGUUUCAGACAUAAAUGAUACUGUAACCUGCACCUGCAACCACCUCACCUCUUUCUCAAUUCUGAUGUCAACCGAUAUCCCUGAAUCAAUCAGAAUAUUACUGGAUAUAAUGACUUAUAUUGGAGUUGGGAUAUCAAUGAUCAGCCUACUUAUUUGUCUCCUUAUUGAAGGAAUUGUAUGGAGAGCCCUAACCAAAAAUAGCACUGCCUUCAUGCGCCAUGUUGCCAUUGUUAACACGGCACUGUCCCUGCUGAUUGCUAAUAUCUGUUUCAUCAUUGGAGCCUCUAUUGCAAAGAACCCAAAAGAAAACCCAGAUGAAGACUACAAAGUGCCAGUGGGACCGUGUAGUGCAGCAACCUUUUUCAUGCACUUUUUCUAUCUUGCCAUGUUCUUUUGGAUGUUUGUUUCAAGCCUCCUGCUCUUAUAUCGAACAGUCAUGGUCUUCUCCCAAAUGUCCAAAUGGGCCAUGUUUGCUAUUGGCUUAACUGUGGGAUAUGUUUGCCCUCUGAUUAUAGCUGUUACUACAGUUGCUGCCACUGCACCUGGGAAUGGAUACGUGAGGGAAGAUCAGGCUUGUUGGCUAAACUGGACUAAGACUAAGGCCCUCUUGGCCUUAGUGAUCCCUGCCUUGACCAUAGUUGUGUUCAAUAUUUUGGUAAUAAUUGUGGUCUUGUACAAGAUGCUGAGAAGAAGAAGUACGGGAAACACAGCCCAGGCAGAUGAAAAACACGCCUUGGUAGUCAUUAUCAGAUGUGUGGCUAUACUAACUCCUUUAUUCGGACUGACCUGGUGUUUGGGAAUUGGAACCAUGUUGGACCCAACAAAUGAAGGGAUCCAUAUUGCCUUUGCUUUCUUCAAUUCACUCCAGGGUUUCUUCAUUUUAGUGUUUGGGACAUUAUUUGACUCCAAGAUCCGUUCUCUUAUUUUACGAAAAGUGCCUGCUUUAAGCUCUACUUCUAAUCGAACAAGGAGCACAAGUGCUGGGAUUUCCUCCAAUAGCGGACUAAAUAUCAUAAACCGCCUUCGUGGCAGGAUGCUUGCUCACUUCUCCUUUGGACCAGGUCUCGCCCUGCCCUCGCUAGUUGGUUACUAA